AUGUGGUUGGCCGUGAGUAUAUACAUCGCUCGUCUCCUUUUGCACCCCGCCUCGACACCCUCUAACUUAUCUCACUCUCUUGUACGACACUCUUUACUAUACCCCAUCUUGCUAAGUUCUAGAGAUACCACGACACUCACCGUGUUGGUGGCCGUCGGACUCGGUGCACUGUUGCUUGGCUCGCUCCUCACCAUCAUCGUCGAAGCAUACCGCCGUCGAUGGCGUCGAAACCACCACCACCACGACCCUGAACCCCAGCAACAGCAGUCACCAUCAUACUGCGCCAAUUGCAAGUCGAAAGAAGCAGGAGGAGGAGGAAGCUCUCCAGGCAUGGAAGACACCUUCAUGCACGCCCCCCAGUUUUCCCCAUGCUCGCUAUCCGCCACGUUCAACCGACAGAGCAUCAAGCCCCCCAUGAACAUGUUUAACAAUGAACCAAAAUACGUCCAAUGGUCUGGCCAACCCUCCAGCACCAGCAGCUCUUCGAACCAGAUCUCGGUCAAGGUCUCGGCUCCGACCGAAGAGACGACCUAUCAAGAGGUCGUCAUCCAAAAGUUUCAAAAACGGAGCAAGACCAAACUUGAAAAUUGGCAUCUAGGGCCUCGAGCGUCCACUCGGUCAUCGUCCAUUAGCAGCAACGAGGGCAGCACGAGCAACACCGUCGUAGGCGGAGGAUCCAUCCACAACGUUCCUUCCACUACUACUAUGGAGAAGCCAGCGUUCACGAGGUCAAAGAGCGAGCCCCGACAGGUUGCUCUCGAGUAUGACCCCUUCCGCAAGUCGUCCAUUAGCAGCUCCAUCGUUCCUUCCUCUCCACCGCCUACAGACCGCACCGAAUUCCAUCCCAUCGCUACUACCGCACCAUCAACACCAGCAACUGCGGUUCCACGUAGACCGCAGCCAGUAGCAACGCGAUACGACGUUUCUGGCGACCCACACAUCUAUAGAAGAAAGUCAGAGUCCAGAAUAAACCAGACCACAAGGAGAGAAGAGACUCCCUCCUUUGGGUCUGAAGUACCCGCGGGUCGUCUGAGGGCCUUGUCUACCCCGCAACGACCCGUCAUUCACGACCACCAGUCGUACAACAGGAAUGCCGUGCCAGAGUUCCCACAGUAUCCACCCAAGACAAGAACUAUUACCCCUCCCUCGUCGUCCACCCUAGCUCCACCUGUCGCCCCCGCCGUCCCUGCCCGACGGACAAUGACCGACGGGGACAGCAGACCGGACAACCUCUCUAGUUUCGCAUUCCCUCGUAAACAGCCCGUCUCCCCUGCCGACAGCAAUCAAAGCUCGGGUGAAGGUGACCGGUCGUCACAGCUCUUGCCGGACGCCAUGGCCCACUCGUUUUACAAAGAGCACGCCAACAAACAUCUCAGUCUGCCACCUACGGGUGUCCCCAACAUUCACAGUGCCGUGCUCCCGGAUAGCCCAAGUGGAGUUCGAGGAGAUGGAGAUGGAGAUUCAGAGGUGGAUUUUUCGUUCGCUAGAGGGAGAGCAAUUUAA